AUGGCGUUCAGGCGGCACUUCUCUCGCGUCGGCUCCGCCGAGCGCUGCACAGAGACCAUCUUCACUGACCACCAACGACAGGUGUGCGACUACGCGCUCGUCUACGCGGAGAAGAAGAACGACGGCGAAGCGCCGUACUCGGUCUCCUUCACCGCGACGCAGAGCGGCGACGUCAUCGUACAGCUGCACCCGCACUCGCAGCUCGAGCGCGCUGGCCGCGGUGCCAGGGGCCGUGCCGAUGCUGGACCCCGUCUCGUUGACAAGAACGCGCUGUCCGCGCGCGGCAGCGGGCUCUCGCGCCAGUCGCGCUCGCCGUCGCCCGACUCUCCGCCCGCCAAGCGGGCCGCCUCCGCUGACUCGUCCGGCUAUGAAACCGAUACGCCGGACGAGGUGCAGCAGGAGGCGGUCCGCAGGGUAUGCGGCGCGCUCGGCAUGAGGGAGCAGUUCGAGGCGGCGAUGGCGGCGGGCGAGCUGCUCGAGAUGCUCGAGAGCUUGCCGCGAGGGGCGGUCGAGGCCUCUGUCCGACAGAUGCGGGGUUACAACCGCACGGGCGAGUGGCCAGAGCCCAUUCUCACCAGCCCUGCCCCGCAGCGCGGCCGCUCGCCAAGCCCCGUCGAUGAGUGGUCAGAUGGUUAG